AUGGGAGAGGCUGCAACUUCGACCAGGCGGAGGGCCUCGGCAAUUGACUCCAGAGAUACAACACAGUGGUUGAUCCGGCUUGGAAACCUGCAGCUCGCCUUUGGCGGCACGUUUGGCCAGCACGGCCACCAUCGCCCGCGGGGCGCGAUGAUGACGGGCAGCAGCACGCUCAGCCGGCCCGCCAGCCUCGCCAAGUGCAUCUCCAUCUUCCUCCACUCGCACACUCACAGCCCUGCCGAGAAACCCAGCAAACCGGCGCCCUCUGAGCCUCCUCCUCCUACCCAGCCUUUCCCCGACUCCCCGCUCCGGAAGCAACCCGGCCAGAAACGGACGACCAGCCAUCAGGCCGGUGGCGGCACGCGCGGACCGAGACCAAAACGACAGGCCGGCACAGUAUCAGCAUUACGACUGCUACCAGCCCUCACAGUGCCCGACAACAUCACAGAUGAAUCUCAGCUCUGUGCAGCUAAACGGACCGAUUGCGUCCUGGUAGUCAACGAGGACGAGCAUCUACGCAGGAUCUUUACUGCCAAGGACCUGGCAUUCAGGGUGAUUGGAGAUGGAAUGGAUCCCCACACGACCCCUGUCUCGGCGAUCAUGACCCGCAAUCCAAUGGUCACCAUCGACACCACCUUGGCCACCGAAGCACUCACAACAAUGGUCACCAGAGGAUUCAGGCACUUGCCGGUCUGUCACGAUGAAGGAGACGUGAUCGGACUGUUGGAUAUCACCAAAGUAUUCCCCAAGUUGCUCGAGAAGCUCGAACGGGCCUGCUGCUCCUCGGAAAAGCUCUACGAUCCAAUUGAGGGGGUCCAGUCAGAGUUUGGCAACGGGACGCGCGGGGCGACGCCGGGGGCAGUGAACCCGCUGAUGGUGUACGUCAAGGCGCUCCGGAACAAGAUUUCCUUCCCCGAUCUGGGCUUGAUCCUCGAUGCCCGGAAAAGCGCGGCAACGGUGGGCGUGAAGACGAGCGUCAAGGAGGCCACCAUCCUCAUGCGCAUACCACACCACCGCCGUCUGUGUGAUGGAGAACGACGGCAGACGAUUCGCGACUCAUCGUCCUCCGCCGCUAACUCCGGGGCCUCAACCACCACCACCACUAACACCGUAGAGUCCCUCCUUGCCCUCGCUCACAAACGCAUCACUACCCUCGUCUAUCUCAAGAAGUUCCACGAGGGCAAGGUCCACUGGUUCAAUACCAUCCUCCUCUCCAGACCCGAACUCGAGAAUGGUUCGAGCACCAGCGCAUGGACAACCAAGUUCGCCAUCCUAGGGAUGUCGCUCUCCUCCUUACUCGACAUCAACAACCUGCAAGACUUCCUGAAAGCGAUGAUCAACCUGUUGCACAAGUUCGAGUGCAUCCCAAACAACAACUUCAAGCCGAAGAUCAGCAGUCUCUCCCGCGGGAUCUUCAAGCAGUCGUCGAAGUCGGCAAGGAAGUCGGCGGGCGGGACGGACUACUCGAUCACGCUGCAGGACUCGGGAGACCCGUUGUUCAUCUACACGCCCAACAUACCGUUCGACCUGGAUUACUUUGAGGUGUGGAUCACGCUGAGCGACAUGCUGGUGGAAGUGUACCAGAAGAUGAUCAAGUUCAUUGACCUCUCGGGCGGCUCGAGCGCCUCAUUGGGCACGACGACGGGCGGCGGGAGUGGAGGGCCGACGACGGGCGUUGGCGGGGGGCCGACGCCGCCAUCGGCCGGCGCGGCCCCGCCGCUCUCAACCACACUGCCCGGCCUCGGCGCGGCCUUGAUCGCCGUCCCGCUCCCGCCCACCCGCUCGUCGUCGAACUACAGCAUCGUCAGCGUCCACCAGACCUAUCUGACCAGCGCGCACAUCAAGCUUGUCUCGCGCAUCGACGCCAAGCUCAAGAAGCUGAUCGUGGUGUUGACGAAGGAGAUCGACGCGAUGGCCCGGGCGGCGAUCCGGGACGAGCUGGCACAGCUGGACCCGAUGCUCCUGUUGGCCUCCGCCUCCGCCACCUCCGCCACCCUCUCUCCUUACUCGUCUGCCUCCCCGCCCAGUUACAACCCCGCCCCGCCUACCCCGCACUCGCUCCACCCCAACUCCUCCCUCCACCAACCCCUCCAAACCCCUACGCCGUUUGCAUUCAACGACUUCAUUCCCCAGAGCCAUGGGUGGGACUGA